AUGGUAACAAAGUCCAAUGGAUUAUUUUUCGUCCUUGUUAUCGUAUGGAUAGAUUCGAUCGCAAGCGCAAAGCCACUGAUACACUAUGGACGUUGUCUAGUGGAUUCAAAACAGGGCAACUGCCUGCCCCGCUCUCAGUGCUGGCAGAAGGAUAUAAGCGAUAACUAUUUUGAACGCAACAAAUGUUCCAGUGUAGUCCAUGAAGAUUUGAUGUGUUGUACACAUAAAACAGAGAGUCCAAUCAACACCACUUCUAAUAAUACAGCAAGCAAUCGAUACACCAGCGCUCCCAUUAAGCUGCCCCCUUCUCAGGUGUGUGGGAUUGCGCUUCUGGAUCGUAUUGUUUAUGGCAUUCAGGCUGAUAUUAGGGAAUAUCCAUGGAUGGCACUGUUGCGCUACACUUUUGAUGAUGUCGAAUACACUCAUGGAUGUGGAGGGUCGCUGAUUCACGAGCGUUGGGUUUUGACGGCAGCUCAUUGCGUGCCUCGUGAGGAUCAUACGACUAAACGACUCACGCAAGUACGUCUGGGCGAAUGGAACCAGACAAGUGCACCCGAUUGCCAGCAGUUUCGUCAGGGACCCAUCUGUGCGCCAGCGCAUCAAGAUGUGCCCAUCGAUCGAAUAAUUAUCCACGAACUCUACUCAAUAUACGCGCCCAUGUAUCCAAAUGACAUUGCUCUGUUGCGAUUGGAGCGUGCUGUUACGUUCAGCGAGUAUGUGCUGCCUAUUUGCCUGCCAGCAGCCAAUAAUCAGGAAACGCACGAAUAUACAGACCACGUCAUGGAUAUAGCGGGUUGGGGCAAUACAGAGACAAUACGCUUUGGUGGGAGCCCGUUAAAGCGCAAGACUUCGCUGCGAGUUCUAUCACUAGCCAGCUGUCAGCGGCUCUUCGCCGAUGUUGUUGGAAGUCAGAUAUGCGCGGGAGGCACUACAAACGCGAGCUCUUGUCACGGCGACUCAGGCGGUCCGCUGAUGAAUUUGGCCAAAAAUAGCAUUGGCAGUACGAGCUACUAUCUCGUUGGGAUUGUCUCGCUUGGCACUCAGAGUUGCGCCAAUCACGGAUUGCCUGUGAUCUUUACUAGAGUGGAACGAUUUGUUAACUGGAUACUGCACAAAAUGAGCACAAAUAUGAAUUAAAUCAUAUAUGUAUAUACAUUCAAAUAUUUAUAUUUACCAAAAACGUUAAGCUGUCUAAA